GCACAGCUCGUGCCUUGGUGGCCUCUCCAGGCCCAGCUCCUGCAUCCCAGCACCUUCUCUAGACCGAGAACUUUCUCAAGUCUGCCAUUCCAGACCCAACUCGUGCCUUCCGUCAGCAUCUACAGGCUCAACCUCUGCCUCACAGCACAUUUUCCCAGCCCAGCAUGUGCCUCACCGCAACCCCCUAGGCCAAGCUCCUGCCUUUCAGCAGCCUCUACAGGCCCCACUCCUACCUCAAUGGCCUCUCUAGGGCAAACUUAUGCCUCACAGUGGCCAUUCUGGCCCAGCUUUUGCCUUUUGGCAGCAUCUCCAGAACCAGAACUUCCUCAAGUGGGCCUCUCCAGGCCCCGCUUUUCCUCCCAGUGGCCUCUGCAGGCCCAGACUGUUGUCAAGUCGGCCUAUCCAGGGUCAGCUCCUGCUUCCCGGCGGCCUCUGCAGGCCCAGGUCGUCCUCAAGUCGGCCUCCCCAGGCCCAGCUCCAGCCUCUUGGCGGCCUCUCCGGGUGCAAAAGUUCCUCGAGUCAGCCUCUCCAGACCCAGCUCCUCCUGCCUCCCAGUGGCCUCUUUCAGCCCAGCCCAGCUCAUGCCUCCUGGUGGCCUUCCCAGGCCCCACUUUUGACUUUUGGCGGCCUCUGCAGGCCCGAAUUUGACCUC